AUGACCGUCAAACGGCACACUGGUUUGAUAUCGGCAGCCAAGGGCAGGAGUGGGCGGAGACUCGGCCAGUUCACUGCGAGAAACGUGGCGCGUAAUACAAGCGUAAGAUCGCCUCCACAGUACGAGUACACCGCGCGCUCACAGAGCGGUCGAACCUUAAACUUUGCUGGUGACGUGGAGACGGCUCAGCGCUCGGAUAAUAUCAUGCCUAACGACACGGAUUUGACUGACUAUAUCGAGGGCAUCGUGCACCAGUUCACAAGAGAGCGGACUGCUCACCUCGGCAGUCGGCAGCGUUCGAAAGGGUUUGCUAUGUCCCCUCGAAAGCACCGUCGAGGUGCCGCAUCCGCUGACUUUCCCACGUUCGUUACCGGCAUCGAAAGCGAGCAAUCGCUUCGAGGUGGUCAAAAUCUCCUGCGGCGAAGUCAUUGUAACGCCAUCCAUGAGGCUAUCAACGAGGAAGCCGUCUUUCAAGGCACAGACGUGAUCGCGAUGAGGGCUGAUGAGGGUCACAGUUGCGGGAUUUAA